AUGGCUCCUCCUCCGCGUGGACGGGGCACAAGUCAGCGGAGUCCGACUGUCUUGGUCACCGAUUCUCGCGACCAACAAUCUGCUUCGACACCUCGACGACACCGAUCUCCCGCCACCCGGUUCAUCACCGUCGAUAAUGUGCUCCAAUAUGCUUCCGAUGUUCCCUCAAUGCAACAGCGACAACCCCCGCCGACCACGCGACAACGCCGACUCCCGUCGGGCGGAACCUCGGGAGGGCUCGCGACCUCGGGCGGCACCAUUGGCCGACUGGCGGCACAACCACGCCUUCCCCCACGAACAACUAAAGUCAGCGAAAAGCUCGUGCUUUUACCUGACACGGGUGGCGUCGGUGAGGAAGAUACCGUGGACGAUGACGAUGAGGCUCAAGAUGACGUUGAUCUUGUAGAUGAGGAGCUUGUAGAUCGGUUAGCCAAGGAAAAACGAGUUGACCCGGAACAGAUCAGACGGCAAUUGUUGAUGCAAAAGCGACUGGGCGGGGAUUUCGGUGUGGAUAAUGACCUUGCUCCUUUGCUGGCCGAAGAAGAUUUACUCCGAAAGCGACGCGUCGCACCCGAAAAGGCGAAGAGCUAUGCCGAGCGACUACCAAAGGCACGCCGUGCAGAGAAGCUGGCUCGCGUCACGGCAUACUGCACAGCACAGGCCUACAAAAUGGGAUCCCUGGCGUCAUUUGUCAAGGAAUGGCACGGAGCUCGGACAAAACUAUAUGACGACUGUCUCUACACAGCCUACCACCUUCCACUUCUCCCAGGCCACGAGGGAUAUCGUCUGCGGAGCAGUCCCGUCGUGAAAUUCCCUGGUGGCAAGUCGCUCCUGGAUGAGGAAAUUGAACGAAAUGAACUUCGUGAUCACCACGACGACUACAUCGGUGAGAUUGAAGAGCACUCAGUCGGACGCCACAAUCGCGGUGAGGACGAGCAUCAUCGAGAGGCAUCCCCUCGGGAGUCAGAUGAUCAAAGCUCGCAGGAGGAGAGCCAAGAAAGGUUCUUAACUACUGUUUCGGAAGAGGACAGUCGCAUUCAAGAAGACCAUGAAUCGGCCGUUGACUCUAAUACAUUCAACUCCUCCACUCAGAGUGGGUCGGAGCAAGCCCAGCAGGCUCCUGAGAUCCCGCCUCCUCGUCGUCGACACAGUUCUGGCGAAAGUCACUCCAUCUUGCGAGACCUUCCCUCGCCAGCAGCAACGGCAUCAUCAUCGAGAUCUCCCGCGCCUGCGCGGACUCUUUACAACGUUGCGGAGAUGUUCGUCUUUGGUUACGGAGUUGUGGUAUUUUGGAACUUUACUGAGCGACAGGAGAAGGAUCUGCUGGCAGAUCUGGCAUUUGCAACGUCAUCGGCAACUGGAACGCCUAUCCCGCUCACUACAAUGCCGCUUCACGAAGAGGAUUUCGAGACAGAAGAAUUUCACUUUGAGUACUCAACUGAGAUCUCGCGUCCUCGCGUGUACAAUGAUAUGAUCACCCUGCGCAGUGGUGACCACAUGAUCAAGCUGGCAAUCAGUCACGGUAUCUCUCAAAGCACAAAAUUAUGUUUCUUCGAGGAGGUCAUGGCCCGUCAAAUGGCAGACGCAAAAGACGUUCCCCGCCGUCUCGCCGUGACCGGAAAGCUAGGCAUGAAACGGGAAGAGGUCUUCCGGAUUCUUGGGCGUCUCUUCAAGAGCCGAGUGGAAGUGAAUCUUUCUUCUAAUAUGCUCGACGUUCCGAAUUUUUUCUGGGAAAGCGAGCCCACACUUUACCCUCUUUACCUCGCUGUACGAGAAUACCUGGAAAUCAAACCGCGAAUUCAAGUGCUCAAUGAGCGCUGUCGAGUCUUCUUAGACCUUGCGGAGAUCUUGUCCGAUUCCAUCGCCGACAACCGCACUUCUCACCAAACAUGGAUCAUCAUUGUCCUCAUUGUCAUUUCUAUCCUCGUCACCAUCUCCGAGGUCUUCCUCCGCUUCGGUCUUCUCCAUGCCCGUGAGGGCGCCGCCUCCAGUCCAACUAAUAUUCUUGCCCGCGCCAUGGGCCGAUCUAUUCCUUCUCCGCCCUCGGGCUGGUCUUCUACUACCAUUCCUCCUGGGUGUAUCUGUCCCUCCGUUGCGCCCGGUGGAUCGGAUAUGGAUGUCGGUUCGAUUUGGGCCUAG